GUCGGUCGGAGCUCUCCUCGCGCGCUCGGACCCGACGACGCGGGAGCCGCACGCGCGGGAGCAGGCGACAGCCGAGCUCCGGGCUUGCUCAGCUCCGGUGUGUGGCGGAGCGGCCCUGCCGAGCCGGCGUCCUCGGUUCCCGGCCGGGAUACCGUCAGGUCCGCGGGAUCUGCAGCUGGCGAGCAGCAGCGCCGAGCGGGAAAAUGAAGAAUGAAAUUGCUGCCGUUGUCUUCUUUUUUACAAGACUGGUUCGAAAACAUGACAAGUUGAAAAAAGAGGCAGUUGAGAUGUUUGCUGAGAAAUUGACUCUGAUACUUCAAGAGAAGUACAAAAAUCACUGGUAUCCAGAAAAACCAUCGAAAGGACAGGCCUACCGAUGCAUUCGUGUCAAUAAGUUUCAGAGAGUUGAUCCUGAUGUCCUGAAAGCCUGUGAGAACAGCUGUAUUUUGUACAGUGAUCUGGGUUUGCCUAAAGAGCUCACACUCUGGGUGGACCCAUGUGAAGUGUGCUGUCGGUAUGGAGAGAAAAACAAUGCAUUCAUUGUUGCCAGCUUUGAAAAUGAGGACGAGAACAAGGAUGAGAUCUCCAAGAAAGUUUCCAGGGCCCUUGAUAAGGUGACCUCCGAUUAUCAUUCUGGAUCCUCUUCUUCAGAUGAAGAAACAAGUAAGGAAGUGGCAGUGAAACCUACUUUGGUGGCUGCAGCCCCAAGUCCUGUAUACCAGAUUUCAGAACUUAUAUUCCCACCUCUUCCGGUGUGGCAGCCUUUGCCCAGAAAAAAGCCAGGAAUGUAUCGAGGGCAUAGCCAUCAGAAUCACUAUCCUCCUCCUGUUCCAUUUGGUUAUCCAAAUCCAGGAAGGAAGAAUAAAUCGUAUCGCCCAGUUCCAGUGACAUGGGUUCCUCCUCCUGGAAUGCAUUGUGACCGAAAUCACUGGAUUAAUCCUCAUAUGUUAGCACCUCACUAGCUUCUUUUGAUUCUGAGGGUGUAAUGUUGAGUAAAAGAUAGACUAUAUCUUAUAACACAUUACAUGUUAAGAGUUCAUACUCCUAGUAGUGAAGUUAGAUGGACCAAACCAUCAAACUUAUUUUUCUAGAAAAGUUAUUGAAUAUUCUUUCUUAAAAAGUAUAUAUGCACUUUAGAUAAAUUGAUAUAGUUUGAGAAACUUUAUUAGUCAAGUGCCUGAAUUUUUAAUAUUGGACUUGAGUAUUUAUAUAUUGUGCAUCAACUCUGUUGGAUACGAAAACACUGUAGAAGUGGACGAUCUGUUCUAGCACCUUUGAGCAUUUACUUUAUGGGAGACUACAUAAGUUAUUUAUACACAGCAAAUCUAUUUUAUGUCAUUGUUUUAGAAGAAUUGUGUGAAAUCAUGUAGUUGAAAUAAAAAGUAGUUUGAGGCAUG